AUGAAGGCCGUACGUACAAGUGAAUCAUCUCCUUGUGCGAUACUUUCAUUUCUCAUCAGCCUGUUCAUCCUCCACACUCAAUCUCUUGCCCUCACUCCAUCUCUCUCCCUCACGGUCCCCACCAACCUCACGGACCUCUUCGGGUUAUGGUCAUACCGUCACUGCGUGUCCGAUCCAACGUGGAACCCUCGCACCGUGCACAUCGCCUCAUCCUGCGAAAACGCCCUCGUCGCCCUCUCCGACGACUCCUCGACCUGGGGCCUCCAUCCAGGCACUUUCACAUACAACCUUGGCGGACGCUCCACCGCCUACUUCCCUGGGGCACGUUCUCUCCUUACCCUUCCUAAACGUUAUGUAGUUGGGGACUGCGUGGUUGCGAUUGUCAUGAUGAAGAUGUUUGAGCGAAGUAGUAUAGGCCAAUUUCCUGGACUGCCGGACUCCGUGAUUGGAAAGUGGCGUGACAAAGAUUCGAGUACUUGGAAGGACAUGAUUGAGCCGGCGGAAUACGUGAGGGCGACUUGUAGAAAUGGGUGCGGUUAUGCGGUUUUGGGGAGAGAACAUGGGAUCGGCAUUGCGAUUUGGGAGACAGGAAGUAAAUGGGAUCGGUAUGCUAGAGAAAUGAGCUCUUUGAGCGAGGUAGACAAGGUAAUACCGUCGUUGGAGAUUGGGAACACUUCCGUUGUCGGGAUGGGUAAUGGAUCUAUUUUGGAGGCGUUGCGUUAG